UGCCCUGCAGAGAUUCCAGCAUUUACAUUCAUUCUUUUUGCUAUUUGUGCCUUUGCACCAUGCACUGGUUUCUCUUUGGAUUUUGUGCACUGACCAUUAUCAACGUGUCAGUUGCUGCGGGCCGCGAGCUCUCCGUCAUCCAGAAGCCACGAUUCUACGGCGUCCGGCCCAGCCGCUUUGUCACAAUCUACUGCGGGUCCUCCCACCAGCACCUGCCGGCAAAUGUGCGCUGGUUCAAGGCCACCCACUAUGACCAAGACACCACUGAGAGGCGCCUGUUGGAAGAUGUCAUGACUCUUGACAAGGACCUCACACUCAAUGCCUUCCUCAUCCUGCACGAUUUAACCCUGGAGGACAGUGGCGUCUACUUCUGCCGCAUCAAUGAGACGUGGGGAGCCGGCACUCAGCUCCAAGUCGCCAGGACUGUCAACAGAGCACAGGCUGCGCGUCGGAGCAACAUGAAGGAUGCCUUCAUAGUCCUGGAGGGCCUGAUGCUGGCCGCUAUCGUGGCACUUCUGCUUCAACGCAAUCGCAAAAUGUUACAAAGACGAGAGCGCAUCUAUGAGGAGCCCGAAAUCGAACACAUCUAUGAGGGCCUUAAUAUCGAAGGAUAUGGAGGGGGGGACUUGUACGAGGAGUUGGCGGUGUACGCCGAGGCUGGCAAUGAUGCCGAGGCACCGUGGGAGUGAAUGAUAAUUGUUGGCCUUUCUACCUUGCAUGCAAUUGCGAUUACAAUAUGUGAGUGAAGCUUUAUUUUUUACACUUCUUUAAAGGGCAGAAGAAGAGUUUGUUGGAUUUCGGUGUAAUUUGACAAAUUUAAAUUUUGGACGAGGUUGUCGAAACGACUAUAUCAUUUCUAACGCGUAACUGCGAGAAGAAUUUUCAUGUUUUUUAGUUUUUUAGCACUUUGGCAGUGUACGCCGAGGCUGGCAAUGAUGCCGAGGCACCGUGGGAGUGAAUGAUAAUUGUUGGCCUUUCUACCUUGCAUGCAAUUGCGAUUACAAUAUGUGAGUUGAAGCUUUAUUUUUUACACUUCUUUAAAGGGCAGAAGAAGAGUUUGUUGGAUUUCGGUGUAAUUUGACAAAUUUAAAUUUUGGACGAGGUUGUCGAAACGACUAUGUCAUUUCUAACGCGUAACUGCGAGAAGAAUUUUCAUGUUUUUUAGUUUUUUUAGCACUUUGUCAAUAAUGCCUUCCUAAACCCGGAAGUGUGACUUCAUUUACUGAAGGCAAGAGAAGACGUGGUGAACUUUAUCCAUAGCAGCACCAGCGAUAGUGAUAUUUCCAGCGAACGUAGCUGUUCAGGAUCGCUUUUUCGUGACGUUAGCUAUGACGAGGGCUCCCAGGAAAGAUUCCCGUAAUUUUAGGACUAUAAGCCGCUACUUUGUUCCCUCAUUUUGAAUCUUGUGGCUUAUUUGCUGAUUCAUUUGGGUUAAUAAGUAACACUUUAUUUGACGGCGGACAUAAGACGGUCAUAAUUAUGACAUGACACUAUCAUGGGUAUUAAUGAAUGCUUAUGACAGAUGUCAUUCAGUAUCAUCUGGCAAAUGAUGUCACUAACUCAAUUCAUGUCCGGCUCGAAUCUUUUACAUCCAUUCCAAAGUGAGAUAAUUUGCUGGAUGACAGAAAAUGACAUCUGCCAUAAGCAUUCAUUAAUGCUCAUGGCGGUGUCAUGCCAUAAUUAUAAUGGUCUUAUAACAGUUUUAUGGCGCCACUGUCAAAUAAAGUGUUACAAAAUACCAGAAUGAUCAAUUAAUGAAACAAGUGGAUCAGUAACUGAAGAAAUAAUUAGCACUGAACAUGAAUCAUGAUUGUCAUUUACAUCUAUAGCGCUGCAAUGCAUGCUAGGAGGCAUGUUGGAUGACAAGAGUGUUGACGGCAGGUAGCAGCAGAGGUUGAUUGUCGUCCCCAUGGAAGCAGUGAUGGCCAAAUGAAGCUUUUUUAAGCAAUGAAGCUUUGCAGCCAAUCGGUCCAAGGCCAAAGGUCUAAUUGUGGUUCAUUUGGUUUUAGACAGUCUUAUGAUCCCACAGUGAAAGAAAGUUUUAUCAGUUAAUAUCUUUUGGUGUAAAUAUCCCAUAAUACAGUGAGAACAGUCGCAGCUUAUAGUCCAGUGCGGCUUAUCUUUGAACAAAUGCCAUUUUUGUGUCAAAUUUGGUGGGUGGCAGCUUAUAGUCAGGGUUGCCUUAUAGGUAGCUACAAUUAAUCCUUAUAGACCCUACUCACCUACGUCACAAAAUGGGCGUGUCGCUGUUUCCGGCCGCCAUACUGUACCUCUUUUUCAGACCUAUUCUCAUUGUUUUCAAUUAGUCGAGCAAGUUAUAGAGCAAUUCAUGGAAGCCCCGGUGUUAUCUGACGCUGUAAACUCAUUGGAUCCGUUGCAUAAAAGGCGUUACGUGGAAAAGCUUCAGUUUAUCCAUUUGCCAGAUCCGUAUUUGAUGCCUAAAUCGAUGUUUUUCGACCCGCUGGCUUCGCCUGACAUCUGAUAUCCUGAUAUUUACAACUAUCUUGUCCACACAAACUCAGCCUAUUCUCACGAAAGUUUGAAAAACUUUAAGAGCUUGGAGGCUUAUAAAUGCUACGUUGCUGGUUGGGUGAAACAGGUCCUCGUACACGAAAAUUCGGCAGGAAUCUUGUGCUCGGAAGGUGAGUUACGAAAUUUUCAAUUCAAAAUCUUUUGUUCUUGCUAACAUCCACUGUCAAGUCUAAUGUAUUUCAUAUCAUUUGUCAAUUGAGCUAGGGCUUUUAAUGUUUAUAUGGUUUAGCAAUAGCACUCACUACAUACAUACGUGUAUGUUGUCGGCGAUUAGCCUAGCAAUGAUCUAAAUUGUGGUUGUCAGCCCAAAACCCUCUAAAUAUAUAUUAAAUGCAUCUUACCAGAUAUAAAAUGACUACUACAUAAUCUGUGGUAGUCGUUUGGAGCCCAGUUUUCUCGUCGAAUUGCAGCAGUCAAUCUCGGUCUCCUCUUCGGGGUCUCUCGGAAUACGGUAAAAAUUCAAGUCUCUCCGUCUAUCUUCCCUGUUUUUGCAACCGACCGCCACACACGACUUCACCAUUUUGAUUAUUAAUGUUAACGAGCAGAAAAACACGCCAUAAUAGGAGGAAUUUACGAAGCGCUAAUGCAUUAACAUGACUAGUAUCCGGACAACAUGGCACAGGGGCGUGGCUGUGACGUCACGUGAGUAGGGUCUAUAUGUUUGAACCUGAGGCGUCAGAUGACGACGAUUUAUUUAACACAGUUGACGGUGGUGAUGAUGCCGAUUGGCGGCUAGACACUUCACGAAAGGAAAAAAUGAUAAGCCUCUAUGUCUAGCAUCAUGAUUUCUCUCUGAACCUUUCUUUCCCUCGUCAUUCUGGGAUUUAAUUAUCAUUAAUUGCAAAAACAGACGAGUAAUUACAUAGAUCUGGUAAUAAAUUAUCAAAUUCCAAUGAAUAAACGACCUAUCAGCUGUCCUAUCUACUUAUGACAUGCCAGCAGCAACAACAAAAAAAGACAGGCCGCACCUCAUUUAAUGGGUAGUAGUUUUACCCUUCUAUAUCAACAGAAUUGCAUCAAAUUUUAGAAUUAGCAAAGCUAAUAAGUGUCUUCUUCCAUCUUUGAAAAAAACAUUAUUCAGUAUUCUCCUAAGCUUUCAAAGCUGUUGAUGCUGAAAUUCUGAAAACAGAGAAGCGAUCAAGGAGCCGGGAAAAAGUCCUUCCGCUUGACUCGCACAAAAGAUUUCCAAAUCCUUGCAGGCAAAUGUCUUUUGGGCCACUGAUAGAGUCUUGAGCCUUUGUGUGAGCAAUUCAUCGCUACACAUCGAGAUGGCAUGAUGAAUCUCAUGAGUAAAACCAAGAAUAUCUUUGCAACACAUGGCAAAGAUGGCAUAGUGCUAUACUUCCGAUUUGGAGAUCUUCUGUAAAUUACGUUAUCAGGUAACGGCCGGCAGCGAGGCGCGUCCCUGGUAGCUAAGGUGUUGCUAUGGCAGUAACUCGAAAACUAUGUGAUCAAUUAAAUUAUUUUCUUGUAAUAUGAGUUUUAACACAGCGAACGAUGCAUUCAAAAAAAUUUACCCGAGUAAAAUGCUCAGGAACUGAACUCUUCAUCUGCCCUUUAAAUGUCCCAUUUGUGUAUUUAGUUUGUUGACUUCUUUUAUCUGGUCUUUUAUUUACGAUUAAAAAUAACUUGAUUCAACCAUAACUUUUGGCAGCCCAGGUAUAGCUAAAGCUUUCACAGUAUAUCUGUUUUUCCAUGUACAUAGUGUCAUGAAAAAGAAGCUAGACAGAACACAAAACCAUCCUCAUCACACUUAUUAUGAAAGAAGGAAAAUUAAUUUUAAGGGACAAUGGUCACUUCAGUGGACAGCCAUUCAAAAUUUUAUACUUAAGACCUUAAACCCUUUAUACAGCAACUAUUUAUGGACAUUAUUAUUACAGUAAGGGCGUUGGUUUGCAUAGGGAUGGUAGGGUAUGCUCAAAUUGUCCCCACCAACUUUUAAGCAACCUUAUUUGCAUUAUAUAAUGACUUCAGUAAUAUAAGUAAUUGGGAUUGUCUUCCCAUAUAUUGUAAGGAUAGAAUUAACCCAACCAUUAUGAAGUGAAUUACAGUACUGUAGUUUAAUAAUGUUAAGACCUACAUUAAUAAUAAUAAUAAUAAUAAUACAUUUUAUUUCUAGAGUGCUUUUCAAAACACACAAAGACGCUUCACAAGAGACAUGGAAUCAUAGUAUGAUAAAAAGGAAUUAAAAGGAUAAAAAAUUAAAAGCACAAUAAAAAGAAGGAAAAAUAUAACAGCUAGGGGUUAUGGUGGGUAAGAAAGAGUGAACAGGUGUGUUUUCAGUCUAGAUUUGAAAAGUGAUAGAGUAGAUAUGCUGCGGAGAUCAGCGGGUAGGGAGUUCCAGAGCUGGGGGGCGCAAUGACUAAAAGCUCUGGAACCAAAGGUGGAGGGAUUGACGCCUUUUCACUUGCUGAAUGUGGCAGCCCAUUUUUCCCCAUUAAAAGUACGUUUGAUUGGCUGAUGACUUGACGCACCCCCCUACCCCCCGCCAACAGAAAUACAACAUUCCACCUUUUCCGUCCCCUUCGAUGACAAGGAAUAUUAGAAGUUUUUUUUCCGCCAGCAGCAGCCAAUGUACCGUAAUUUUCGGACUAUAAGCCGCUACUUUUUCAUUCAUUUUGAAUCCUGGGGCUUAUAGACCAGUGUAGCUUAUUUGUUGAUUUAUUUGGGUUAUUAGCAGGGGUGAAAGUGGUUAGAAUUUCUUGCCGGAACUCCCCGACGUGAAAGUCGCCACGGAGCAAGAUUUUUUUUUUUUGUCAAAACAACUGCAAAUGCAAAUGCAAAGGAAAGUGUUUUGGUCAGUUAUUUCUGUAACACAUACAAACACUGAUUUUCAUUCUAAAUUGUAUUUUUUCAAUGAUUUUCAAAAUAAAAGCAAAAACAGCUAUAUCCCCAACCUCCAUCUCCUAAUUUAUUUUCCCUCAUUUCCUCACAUACUACAUGCCAAGUCUCAAUUUUAAUUACUUAAGAACAUAGGAUGUAUAUUAAAAUUGAAGAUAAUGUAAACAUUUACUUUUUGUUGUUUUUAGUAAUAAAGAUAUAAGUAACAUACAUUCAGAAAAAGUACAAAUGACCUAUUAUGCAGAGUGAAAUGGAAUAUAUUUUGAAGAUUAGCGCAAACAUUUACUUUUUUAAAUCAUAAAGAAAUGAAUAGGUCGCCUAACACAAAUUAAGCCCAAAGUGCACAUUGACAGCAAAGAUGUUCUGAACCUCCCCAUUAGAGCAAAUAAAAAGAAAUAUGAUAAAAACGCCACCUUAGCUCUUUCCUUGCUCUUAAAAGAUUUGAUCCAUUUUCUGUUACAUUCCCCUAUUUUUUUUUUUUUUUGCUGUUUCAGAAAAAAUGCACAUCUGAACCAACCAGAGCUAACUAUCUCUGGUGAUCACAUGUCAGUAUGUCAGCCAAUUGAACCGAUAAAUGAGUCCAGGCAUUUUGCUUUGCCUCGUGGAUUUGUCAGACUCAGAUAACUGCAGCAGCUGGGGAAACUUCCAAGCCAUCCGUUGAAUAAAAUAAAUAUCGGUGGAAACGGAUUACCCUACACGGCACUUUAUUAUGCUUGUUGUUAACACUUGUGUACGUUAAAUUUGAUUUUGAUAGAUUGUUUUCUUCUUGGAGAUGAAAUGCAUGUGUGGCAGCUUUGUAUUUUUCUUUUUUUACAUGGCGUUUUGACAGUAGUCGUCAUAUUUUCGAAAAUCAAAGCACCGUAUACCGGAACAGCGUUCCAGCCCUGAAUCUUAUACCGGAACUGCGUUCCAGCCCUGAAUCUUAUACCGGAACUGCGUUCCUGACCGUUCCCGCCCACUUUCACCCCUGGUUAUUAGGUAGCACUUUAUUUGACAGCGGCGUCAUAAAACCGUCAUAAUUAUGAUAUGACCCUAUCAGGGGCAUUACUGAAUGCUUAUGACAGAUUUCAUUAAGUGACAUCCAGCAAAUUACGUCACUAACUCCAUUUAUGUCCAGCUCGGCUCUUUUACAUCCGUUCAAAAGUGAGAUUAUUUGCCGGAUAACACGAAAUGACAUCUGUUAUAAGCAUUCAUUAAUGCUCAUGACAGUGUCAUAUCAUAAUUAUGAUUGUCUAAUGAGUCUUAUGGCAACACUGUCAUAUAAAGUGUUACUAAAUACCAUAACCAGCAGUUCAUGAAAGAACUGGAACAAUAACUGAAGAAACAAUUAGCACAGAACAUGAAUUUUGAUUGUAAUUCACAUCUGUAGCGCUGCAAUGCAUGCUAGGAGGCAUGUUGGACAACAACAGUGUGGACAGCAAGUGGCAGCAGAGGUUGACUGUCUCCCCCAAGGGAGCAGUGAUGGCCAAAUGAAGCUUCUUGAAGCAAUGAAGCUUUGCAACCAAUUGGUUCAAAGCUUCAUGGUGGUUCAUUUGGUCUUAUGACAGUCGGAUGAUUCAGUUGUCAAAUAAAGUGAUUCCGGUUAAUAUCUUUUGGUGUAAACGUCCAAUAAUACAGUGAGGACAGCUGCGGCUUAUAUUCUAGUCCAGUAUCUAUGGACAAAUGUCAUUUUCGCCUCAAAUUUGGUGGGUGGCGGCCUAUAGUCAGGUGCGCGUUAUCGUGUGAAAAUUACGGUAAGUAAUGUAAAAAUGUAAAUGUGUGUAGGUGGGGAACACACCACUAAUUUUGUUAUUGAAAGUCUGACCUGCAUCAGAGUUAGCAUAACAUUAAUAUGUGUGAAUUUCUCGAACUUGAGGAGGAAGCUGCUUUGAGAGAAAUAUCCUCCUGGAUGUUUUUUACUGUUAACUUUAAUUAAACUGUGAAAUGUAGUGAACCAAGGUUUACCCACUUCUCAGUUUUCAUUUUUAUUUUAUUUAUGUGGUUUUAGCAGCUCAAAGGAGCUUUCAUUUUUUUGUUGAGUUUGGCUGUGCUUGUGGGAAAAAAAAACAAUUAGUGUUUUACCUAAAGGAAGGCUCAAUUUUUAUUCAUUUUUGUUUGUACGGUAUAACAAGUAUGUAUGCUAAUAUAAUUUGUGUUAAAAUAGUGCAAUUUAAAUUUGCUAAUAAAAUCCCGACAUUUAUUCUGGAAACUUUCAAAAUGUUUUAGUAGUUUUUUUAAAACAAAGGUUCGAAUCGAACUGUGUAUCACUUGAACCAAGACAUAUGCACUGCAAAAA